GGGGGCCCGUCACCUCCGCGGGCCUUUUCUUCCUGGGUGGUGUUUACGCGCGGACCUUUUCUUCCUGGGUGGUGUUUACGGAGGGGGGUGGCAUCAGGCGUGGACGAACUCAUCCAACUUCCCAGGCCUGUGACAUCUAACCUGAGCCACCAUGGCGGAGCAGCGCCUUCCGGUACCCCGGCUUCGGGGCGUCUCGCGGGAGCAGUUCAUGGAGCAUCUUUACCCACAGAGAAAGCCUCUUGUGUUGGAAGGACUCGACUUGGGACCUUGCACGAGCAAAUGGACAGUGGAUUACCUGAGCCAAGCUGGAGGCACGAAAGAAGUGAAGAUUCACGUUGCUGCAGUUGCACAGAUGGACUUCAUUAGUAAGAACUUUGUGUAUAGAACCUUACCUUUUAACAAGUUGGUCCAGAGAGCAGCUGAAGAAACACAUAAAGAAUUCUUCAUAUCAGAGGAUGAGAAGUACUACUUACGGUCACUUGGAGAAGACCCGAGGAAGGAUGUUGCAGAUAUCCGACAGCAGUUUCCAUCAUUAGGAGACGAUAUUAAGUUUCCUGUGUUCUUCACAGAGGAGCAGUUCUUUUCCAGUGUCUUUCGAAUUAGUUCACCUGGAUUGCAGCUCUGGACUCACUAUGACGUAAUGGAUAACUUUUUAAUACAAGUGACAGGAAAGAAGCGGAUCACACUGUUCAAUCCUCGAGACUCAGAAUAUUUAUACUUAUCAGGUUCUAAAUCGGAAGUGCUGAAUAUCGACAGCCCAGACCUGGCUAAGUACCCGCUCUUCCCCAAGGCGAGGCGGUAUGAGUGCUCCCUCGAGGCUGGCGAUGUCCUGUUUAUUCCCGCUUUAUGGUUCCAUAAUGUAAUUUCUGAAGAGUUUGGAGUGGGAGUGAACAUCUUUUGGAAGCACCUUCCAUCGGAAUGCUAUGACAAAACAGAUACCUAUGGCAACAAAGACCCUGUAGCAGCCUCCAGAGCUGUGCAGAUCUUAGACAGAGCCUUGAAAACACUGGCUGAGUUACCAGAGGAAUACAGGGAUUUCUAUGCACGCCAAAUGGUCUUACGUAUUCAAGACAAAGCCUACAGCAAGAACUCGGAGUAAAAAAUGAACUAAACAUAGUAAAAUUUAAAAAUAAAU